CACCCGUGUAAUACAUGUAUACAUAGAGAUAACCUAAUAUUAGAUUGAUCAAAUUGCACACUGUGACAAAAUACGAAAAAAAAUGGGGAUCAACGACUUUGAACUAGCGAAAAAAUUGGCGGGAAUAAAGGAUUUAACAGACGAUUCACGGAUUCAUCAAUUAAAUCGGUCUGGUUGUCUGAUCUUUUUCAUUGCCGUCGCGAUAGCCGUUAGUACAAAGCUAUAUGUUGGUAACCCGAUUCAGUGCUGGUGUCCUGCUCAAUUUACCAAAUACCAAAGAGCCUAUAUCGACAGUUAUUGUUGGGUCCGAAAUACUUACGUCAUCGAUUUUAAUUCUACAAUUCCGAAUGACAAAUAUUUGAGACAUGAAACUGAAAUUCCAUAUUACCAAUGGACUCCUAUUAUUUUACUUUUCCAGGCCGUUUUAUUUUAUGUGCCAAGAUUGUUCUGGAAGGGUUUUAGUGGUUACUCGUCUUUGAAUAUUAAAAAAAUUAUUAAAAUUUCAAACGAAAUAUCAUACAAGUAUGGAAAAGAACGUAUUGAAUCGUUAAAUGGUACUGUUGAAUAUUUUGAAAAAUACUUAAAAAUUCGGAAUCGCGUGACAACGAGGCAUAGAAAUAUGGAACAAACGAAUGAAACUAUUGCUGCUAUGGGGAUCCACAAGGGAAAUUAUAUUGUACUUAUAUUUCUUCUUACUUCAUUAUUGUAUGCAGCAACUGCUUUAUGUCAAAUAUUUAUAGUAGACAGUAUCCUUGGAAUAAGAUUUAAAACACUAGGGCCUGAUAUUCUCAAACGCGCUACUAUGGGAGAUACUUUGUUGGACCCAAACAGAUUUCCAAUUGUUACGUUUUGUGAUUUUGAAUUACGACAAAUGACGAAUGUACAAACAUGGACUGUACAAUGUUCAUUGCCGAUCAAUCUAUUCAGUGAGAAAAUAUUCAUAGCAAAUUGGUUCCUUUUGGUUGUUAUGACGAUUAUAAACGCCAUCUACUUCCUGUAUAACUUGGUAUCUACAUUUUUGCCAUAUCGAGCAGAGGUCUAUGUACAAAAGUUUCUUACAGUAGAUGGCGUUCGUACUGGAAUGUACCAGAAAAUUCCAGAACACUUGACGGAAUCACAAAAAAACUUUGUUCAUAGCUAUUUGCGUCGGGAUGGAGUUUUUCUAAUAUGGAUGCUGAGUAAUAAAGUCAAUCAGGUUGUCGCUGGAGAAAUCGUGAAUGAACUGUGGAAAAACUACACCAAAUAAUGUCAUUUUUAUUUUUAAAUCAA